ACUACGGAAACACGUCACCGGGUCCAUGGCGGGAGAAUUCUAUGUUGUCCGGUUUUGACGCGCUGCUGUGUGUACACGUCUGUCAACAAAACGAGUUCAGGAGCUUUACACCGCUGAUAGUAACGUUCAUUUCUACAACAUGGAGCAAAAUACGACCGAGGAAUCGACACCUGGUGCAGCUAGUGCAACUGCAAAGAGGGAGGACUACUUGGAAUGGCCGGAGUAUUUUAUGGCCGUGGCAUUCCUGUCGGCUCAGAGAAGCAAGGACCCUAGCUCUCAGGUUGGAGCCUGUAUUGUGAACCAGGACAAAAAAAUUGUUGGCAUCGGUUACAAUGGAAUGCCCAACGGCUGUGACGAUGACCUUAUGCCAUGGGCAAGAACGGCUGACGACAAAUUGGACACAAAGUACCCUUAUGUGUGCCAUGCAGAGCUUAACGCCAUAAUGAAUAAGAACAGCGCUGAUGUGAAAGACUGCACUAUUUACGUGGCACUUUUUCCAUGCAAUGAGUGUGCCAAGCUCAUCAUCCAAGCAGAGGUCAGGACUAUAAGUAUUAAGGAAGUGGUGUAUCUCUCUGACAAGUACCAUGACGCUCCAAUGAUGAAGGCUUCUAGGAGGUUACUGGGCUUGGCAGGCAUAGAGUUCAAGGAGUUCAAGCCUAAGAGGACAACGAUAACCAUUGAUUUUAAUUCUAUUAAUCAACCUGGAACUCUGGAUGGCCCGACACGCUAAACUUUACAAGAGUGGGGGGGGACUGACACUCCUUGCAGGGCCCUGAGAUUCGAACAGUGGGGAAGGUAUGCUUAAAUGCCAGAGAGACAUGCUGCCCCAUUAUCUUUGUCAAAAUACUUAUCUGCACUUUGGAUUCUUACCUCGUCCUUUUGAUAAACCUCAUGACUAUUAGGAACUCUAAUUUUAUACUAAGCCCUUAACCGCUCAAUGCGAUAGUGGGUUCAUAUUUAGGCUUUAACAGUUGCAUUUUUAAAUAUGUUUAACAUGGUUUUGAACUCUGACACAACUUUGGCACAGUCGUGAAAGUCUAAUACAGUCCAGCAAUUAAUAAGAGGGUACUUAUUAUUGAUUUUGUAUUGUGUUUUCAAGGACUACAUAAAAUAUCAUUCUAUGUGCAAACCGCCUUGUUUCUUUCAUGGGACUUUGUUUUUCUUCUUAUUGGACUCAAUGUGGUUUUGAAAGUGGAAUUAUUGUUUGUUGUUUAGUUAUUGGCAUUCAUAUAAACAGCAUAAUGGGUGAUAUGCUUUAAGAUUACACAAUGAAAUAUUGGCAUCAUUGGGAGCAGGUGCGUGUUAUAAUUCAGGACUUUGUAAAAAACGUAACCCACCUCAUUUGAAUUUUCAAGACUUUUUCCUACUCCUGUGCAGUGGUUUCCAGUUAACUGCCAGCUAAUUGUAGAUUCAUGGUAAAUUGGUCACUGGCUCAGGGUGAGGUACAAGUUGAUCCAACCCCUGUAAUAUGGAGUGAGGACCUAUCAUGUUAGAACCAGAGCUAUAGGAGAGAAGAGCCUGUUAGUAACAGAGCUAAUGGAGCGAAAAGCCUGAUGGAACCAGAGCUAAUGGAGAGAAGAGCCUGUUAGAACCAGAGCUAAUGGAGAGAAGAGCCUGUUAGAACCAUUGGUUAUCGAGUGAAUACAGUGUUAGAAACACAAAGGUAAUGGCGUGAAGGGCCUGUUAGAACAAGAGAUAAUGGAGUGAGUACCGUGUUAGAACCAGAGGUAUUGAGUGAAAACUGUGUUAGAACCCAACCCGAUAUCACACAAUUUCGUGCUCAUAGUAAUGAAAAUAUCCCUAUUGAAUCGUGUCCCAGAGCCGGUUGUCUGUCUUUUUUCGUGCUAAACAUAACGAAAUGUAAACCAAUGCAUUUUGAAUGGGAGAGCCCAAUCCCGUUUCUUUGCUCACUGUCUCAACCCUACAUCUCAACCCUAACCCUUACCCUCAUAGCUCAUGCUCAUUGCUACCCCUACCAAAUGGGACAACCCUACCCUGUGACGGCAUCAUGGCCUCCCCGUGCCCCCUAGCAGAUAACCAGACCCCUGGUAAUGUUACAAGAGACAGACUGGCUGCCAUUGUCUCGGGCAACGAGCAAGACCCAUUGUAAAGAUGUUUAACCUGAAAUGGUAUUUAUAUUUUGUAAUUGGCAUGUUUAA